AGGAGUAGCGUCUUUGCGAGCUCGAAAAUUAUCGUUGAACGCUGUGGAACUAAUACACUUCGAUCGCAUUCUUGGAUAUUUUUACAAAUUAUUUUCUCAAUAACUGUGCAAGGAUCCGUCCAAAAUAUUGUGUGUGCAGUGUUUUUGAGGAGUGCGUCAGCGAUUGUGGUUUACUUCCCAUCUUGGCACGUGACGUUGGCUUCUUGGAGACUUGUUUGUGUUAUCGUUUGUCCUUUUCGCCCGGGAAUUUGAGCAACAAGUGGUAUUCGUCUUGCGCGUUCUCCGGCGGUAUCAUGCGAGGUUAUUGGAUUUCUUGGUGUCUUCCAAGCAGAGCUGAUGUAAUAAUUGGGGAAGAGGAUGAUAAUUAGGAACGCGAAUAUAGAGCCAAAGAGAUCGCUGGUCCAGCACUGUCUGAUGUUAGGCAAGCCUGGUGUGCUGCUCUGAGGUUCUGAGGCCCUCGUAAUCAUGCAGUACACCGGGCUUGCUGCUGUGUGGCUGCUUGCUUUGCUGGCUUCAUGUGGCGAAGCAGCACAGCAGAAAGAUGCCUACGUUAUGAAAGGCAAAAUUUGCAUUGGUACGUCAGGCAGGAUGUCAGUGCCUGCAAAUCGUGAUCAUCAUUAUCAAAAUUUGAGGGAUCGCUACACAAAUUGUACAUAUGUAGAUGGUAAUUUGGAGUUAACUUGGUUGCAGGAUGAAAAUCUUGAUUUGAGUUUCCUAAAAGAGAUUCGAGAAGUUACUGGUUAUGUUCUCAUUUCUCAUGUAAAUAUUCGUCACAUUGUGCUUCCAAACUUGAUGAUCAUACGUGGUCGUAAUUUAUUCAAACUUAAUGCAAAUGCUGAAGAGUUUGCAUUACUAAUAGCUCAAAAUACGUUGGAAAUCCUAGAGCUUCCAGCUUUAAGAGAUGUUCUAUCUGGAGGAGUUGGCUUUUUUGAUAAUGACAACUUGUGUUACAUUAACACAAUCAAUUGGGAAGAAAUACUAGCAGGAUAUAUGACUAAAUCUAUGUAUAUUCACAAUUCUACCUUACCAGAAAGAAGAUGCCCACCUUGCCAUAAAAGUUGUGAAUCUGGUUGUUGGGGACCAGGACCUUUAAGUUGCCAAAAAUUUUCAAAAAUCAAUUGCUCACCCCAAUGUCAUCAGGGUAGGUGCUUUGGGCCAAACCCUAGAGAGUGCUGUCAUCUUUUCUGUGCUGGAGGAUGUUCUGGACCAACGCAAAGUGAUUGUCUGGCAUGCAAGAACUUUGAUGACAAUGGUGUGUGCAAGCAGGAAUGUCCCCCUAUGAGACGAUACAAUCCCGCUACUUAUUCGUGGGAAAGCAAUCCUGAUGGGAAAUAUGCUUAUGGAGCAACAUGUGUGAAAAAUUGCCCUGAACAUUUGUUGCGAGACAGUGGAGCUUGUGUCAGGUCUUGUCCUGAAACAAAGAAAGCUGUUGAUGGAGAGUGUGUUCCUUGUGAUGGACCAUGCCCAAAAAAUUGCCAAGGGGUAGAAGUGGUCCAUGCUGGAAAUAUUGACACUUUCGAAGCUUGCACUGUCAUUGAAGGAUCCCUAACCAUAUUAGAUCAAACAUUCGCUGGUUUCCAACAAGUUUAUCCAAAUUUCACAUUUGGGGAGAGAUAUCCAGAAAUGCAUCCUAGUCGAUUAGAAGUAUUUUCAACUCUUAAAGAAAUAACUGGAUACAUGAACAUUCAAUCAUCCCAUCCUGAUUUUCGAAAUCUAUCGUAUUUCCGAAAUUUGGAGAUAAUUGAUGGAAGGCAAUUAACUGAGUUGAAUGCUGCUUUGUAUAUUGUAAAAACUUCCCUUCAAAGUUUAAAUCUUCGCUCUUUGAAUAAAGUUAGGUCUGGUGGUGUUGCUAUUUUAGAAAAUCCUGACCUUUGCUUUGCCAGUAAAAUCGAUUGGCAGCAGCUAAUGAAAUCAAGUUCUGGAACUAUUUUAUUGCACAGAAAUGCUAAAGAUGACCUAUGUCUCAACGAAGGUUUGACAUGUCAUGAGCAGUGUUCUACUGAUGGCUGUUGGGGAUCUGGUCCUGAUGAAUGUCUUUCAUGUAAAUCAUAUAAAUUAAAAGAGACUUGCAUACAUGGCUGUAAUACAACACGAGGGAUCUAUGAUGCAGGCAGUAAAAUCUGUGAAUUUUGUGAUGAAGAAUGUUUGGGCGAAUGUUUUGGUCCAGGACCCAGUAACUGCACUCAGUGUCGGAAUGCAAGGGAUGGUCCAUAUUGUGUCAGCCAGUGUCCAAUCAGUAAAUAUAAUGAAAACAGAGAGUGUAUGCCGUGUCACGAAAACUGUGUAAAUGGAUGUACUGGUCCAAGGAAUACUGUCGGUCCUGGUGGCUGUAAUUCUUGUGAUAAAGCAAUCGUCAGUGCUUAUGACCCUAAUAUUGUGGAACAGUGUUUGAAAGCAGAAGAACCAUGUCCAGAUGGAUUUUAUCAAGAGUAUAGUGGUCCACAUGAAGAAGGAAUCAUGAAGUCUCUAACUGGAAAAUCGGUUUGUCGUAAAUGUCAUCAUCGGUGUAAAAACUGUACAGCAUAUGGUAUUCAUAUCUCUGUCUGUGAUUGUCUAAAAUACAGUGCUGGUGAACAGUGUGAAGAUAGCUGCCCAAGGGAUCAUUAUCCUGAUAACACUAAUUACCAUUGCGUGAAGUGUGCCGAAGAAUGUAGAGGCUGCUAUGGUCCCACAAGCACAGAAUGCUCUGCUUGUCGCAAUUACAGAGUGUAUCAUUCCUCCAAUAAAACCUUGUUUAAUUGUACUGCUUCUUGUCCACCUGAAAAACCGUAUAAAGUUUUUGAUGACAACAUGGAAGAUCCUUAUUGUUCAGAUGAUGAUCCUAUUUCAGUUUCAUACCAUGGAAUUGAGGAAGAGCAUAUUCCAGCAAUACUGGGAGGAGUUGUAGGUUGUGUGGUGUUAUUGGCAGUAUUUUUAGGAGUUUUUGGUUACCAGUGGAUGCAAAGAGUCAAAACGAAAGAAAAUACCAUGAUGAUGACUAUGCGCAUGAGUGGAUUUGAAGAUAACGAACCAUUAAAACCUACCAAUGUUAAACCAAAUUUGGCUAAACUGCGCAUCGUGAAAGAGGCUGAACUGAGAAAGGGAGGCAUAUUAGGCUAUGGAGCAUUUGGUACAGUGUACAAGGGUGUAUGGGUUCCUGAAGGUGAAAAUGUAAAGAUCCCUGUUGCUAUUAAAGUACUGCGUGAUGGUGCAUGUCCAAACAAAAACAAAGAAAUACUGGAGGAGGCCUAUUUUAUGGCAAGUGUUGAUCAUCCUAACCUCCUGAAACUUCUGGCUGUAUGUAUGGCUUCUCAGUUGAUGCUAGUUACCCAGCUUAUGCCUUUGGGAUGUUUGCUUGAUUAUGUUCGUUCCAACAAAGACAAAAUAGGAUCCAAACCUCUUCUGAGCUGGUGUUCUCAGAUUGCUCGGGGUAUGGCUUACUUAGAAGAAGGACGCAUGGUUCACAGAGAUUUGGCUCUUAGAAAUGUAUUAUUGCAAACACCUGGUUGUAUAAAAAUAACUGAUUUUGGUCUUGCCAAGUUUUUGGACAUAAAUGAGGAAGAGUAUAAAGCUGAAGGUGGAAAGAUGCCUAUUAAAUGGCUUGCUCUAGAAUGCAUCCAGCACCGUGUGUUUACCCACAAAAGUGAUGUUUGGGCAUUUGGUGUAACUGUUUGGGAGCUACUUACUUACGGUGGAAGACCGUAUGAAAAUGUUCCUGCACGUGAAGUUCCAGAUCUUUUAGAAAAAGGAGAAAGACUACCACAACCUGCAAUCUGCACCAUAGAUGUGUACAUGCUCAUGAUUAAAUGUUGGAUGUUGGAUGCUGAGUCUCGACCCAGUUUUAAAGAAUUAGCUGAACAGUUCUCAAAAAUGUCACGAGAUCCUGGUCGUUUCCUAGUCGUUAAGGGUGAUAAACUGCUCCAGCUUCCUUCAUAUACAGGGUAUGAUGUCAAAGAUCUAAUCAAGAGCAUUGGCAUGUCGGUUGAUGUUCCAGGCGUGGUUAUGGAUGCAGAACAGUAUCUUCAUCCCAGCUUAGAAGAUGAUCAAAAAACAGAGACUGAUUCUGUUGAUAAAAGCAAACCACCUCAAGAUAACAGAAGCUCGCUGAGUAUACCACCCAAUAAUUUUCAACAGCUGCCAGAGUUCAUGCCUCAUAUGGCUCUUCCUAAUAAUUCCAAUGUUUGGUACACUGGGGAAGUACAUCCUGAUCAGCUUUCUGCACCAAGAUACUGUCCAGAUCCUCUCAAUGUGAUUAAUAAAGGUGAGAUGUUUAAAAUAGAUCCUGGUGAGAAAUAUUUAAGCCAGACUCCUUCAUUGCCAGUAGAUGAAGAAGACUAUUUAAUGCCUGCAUCCUGUUCAAGGGGUCCAUCGGUUCGAUACAUGGACUUAAUUGGGGACACUCCUCAUUUACCUGAAACUGUUGAUGUCAGGCCUCUAAGUUAUUACCAUUAUAUUCCUGACUUUAUCCCUGUUCGACGACGUGCCAUGGACAAUUUAGAAUAUCACAUGAUGAAUGACAACAGUGCCAAUAACAAUCUGCCGUUGCCUCCUUUUCAGAGACUAUCGAGCAACGAGGAGGAAAGUGAUUAUGUAAGCACAAAAAGGGAACUUAUUCCUCUGACGCAUCACAGGAAUGAAACAACUGUAUAAUAUUUAUAAGUUAGAAACUCAAACACACAAAAUGAACUUCCUAUUUUUGCUAUCGGAGAUUUCCAAUGGAGAAAAAGAUGUUUAUCCGAAAUGAAGCCUGAAUGGCAUUGAACGUGGCCUGAAAAGUGCGGCAAAUGGAAUUCAAAGUCAAGAUGCCACUGAAAGCCAAAUGCCAUUUUGACUUCCUAUGACUGCUGGAAUACUGUGAAGUGGCGUAUUGCCAAGAUGGUGUGGUGCUGUUAGUCAAUAUUUGAAAAAAAAAAGCUGCUCAAACCUUAUUUAGUGCAUUUAUUGAAAAACUGAUUGCUUCUUGAAUCCUGCAACUCAAGCUGUGGACCAUCACUGAACAUAUCAAAAGUGGCCUGUGAUGAUGAAAAUUGCAAAAUAAUUGAAUCCGAGUUUAUCUGCAAUUCUCAUUCGCUGCAUAAAAACAUUUCCAGUCACUGCCCUUGGAUGGGGCAUUCAGAACUAAUGAUUUGGUUAUUCAUCAGUGAUAUGCCACCAUUUCUGCCAGAUGUCUAUAUAUUUUUCAGUUUCUUUUACUGUAAAAAUUCAGCAUAACCAAGAUGAUGGAAAAGAACUAUUACGGUGCUUUCCGAAAUAUAUUUUUGUAAAUAUUUUACAACAUACGCAAAUGCUUUUAGCAUUCCAAGUAGAACGAAACAAGAUUGAAUAUUUGUAUAUUCAUUGGAUGCCAAACCCUGUGCCUUGAUUUAGUCGGACAGUGAUAUGCUGCAUAAAUUAUUUAUCUGUAGCACAUUAUUAAGGACUUCAUGUUGCCUGAUGGUUGGGAUUUUAACCUCGCUUUGUGAAAAACUUUUUACUAUGAAAUAUCAUGCCAAGUGUGAUGCAAAUCACAAAAUCUUAAACAAAAGUCAAUAUUUGAUUCAACCCAACAGUACUUUACUAUACCUUGUUUCUAACGUUAAAAAAAAAUUUAAUAUCGGUUAAAUACUCAACUAUUUGUACUUUUCUGUUAAAGGUUCAUUUGCCUCUUUUUAGUAAUUUUAAUUUAUAUCGCUACAGCAAACUUUAAAUUAUGUAGUUUGUGUAAUUCAGCAACUUCAAUUUCUAAAUUUUGGGGUUGCCGACUACUAGUAGAUAAAGUGAAAUAAUAACGUCAAAUAGCACAAUUUGCAGAUUAAUGCAGACACUUGUUUCAGCAUUACAAGAAAUGCCUUUUUCAAUGCAAAAGGAAUGAGUGUAUGAAUGAAAAGACAUCCAACAAAACUUUUGAUGUCUUUUCAUCCAUAAGCGCAUUUCUUAUGCAUUGAAAAGGCGUUCCUUGUAAUGCCAAAACACCUGUGCUAUUUGACACUGUUGUUUCUUAUUUUACUUUUUAUGCACAAAGGUUAACUUACUCGAUGUCGCCAAUCAUGUUCAGGAAUGUUUCUAUUGUCACCAAGGUAGAAAGUAAACAAUUCGCCUAACCAUGCCUUUAAGGGGAAAUUACGUAAUUUUUAGUAAAAAAGUUAUCAUUGUUUCGUACAAAUAUAGCAUAUAAAAAAUAUGGUUAGCAGAGAUAUAUACAGUCAAACCUUGAUAUAAGGUCACUCGCUUAUAAUGUCACCCCUCAUAUAAGGUCACUUUUCUAAAGUCCCAGCUCCUUGAAUGGGAAUUCUAUGUUAUGUCUUAUCGGAUAUAUGGUCAAGCCUUAAUACAUCGAUAGCUUAUAAGGUCACUUUUGUCUGAUUUCUUUAAAUGAUUUCAGUGCUUAAUAGAUUCACUUCUAAGAAUUUUCUGCUAUAUACAAUUCUUUUAAAAGUGAAAAGUCGUAUUCCUAUUAACGUAGCAUGUAGUGCACUGAUUGCAGUAGAAAGUGAGUACUUCGACCGUGACACUAAAAUAUAAAGCAAUAACGAAGGCACUCAGAGUGUACAACAUAUCACACUUUUUUACCAGUCAUGAGAAGUUUCCAUUUUUUAGAAAACAAUUAGAAACCAUUGUACAACCUAAUUUUUUGCAUUUUUAAACAAAUUAUAUUUUGAAAAGAAUUAAAGUAAAAACAUGUUUAUUUAUCAAUAAAUAUAUAUGAAUCGGUUAUAAGGUAACCCCGCUUAUAAGGUCAGUUUUUUGAAGUCCCAAGGGGUGAUCUUAUAUCGAGGUCUGACUGUAUUGCUUCUUGUGUUUCACUGCUUGGCUUAGUGUAAGGAUUGUGGAAGCUGUGAAAUUUGAGAAAGUUAGACAACCAUAGAACUUAAUGGUGGUAAUUUUUAAUAUGUUGACAUUUAACUGUUAUUCAUUUGUUGUUAUUCUUGUUUGUAGCAAGCAAAUAUACAAAAUUUUAAACCUCACAUGUACUUGCUACAAGCUCUCGCACUAAACCAUCAAUGCCAAAUUUUGUACAAUUUAAAAAUCUACUGAAGUUUUAGAAUCCAUAUUAUUUAAAAAUUAGUAUUUGUACAUUUAAAAGAAUGAUUAUUGCAUUUAUGUAGUAAAUUGCUUGAUGUUUUUCAUGAGCUUUUGUUAAUUUGUACAUAAGUUGUUGAUUCCUAUUCAAGCAUUGAAAAACAUCAAGAAAUUCACCGAUUGAAACAAAAUUCCGAGUAAUCAUAAACCCAAUUUUUGUUUCACUUUCAUCCUCCCCUGUUCAAAUGCAGCUAAAAUUUAUUGAAAGUAUUCAAAUUAAUUGAAUGCAGAGGUGUUUGUAAUAAAUGAUGUGAUUUUUGCACUGGUUAUGCUACACUACAGUUGCAUCAUUGUAAUUGUGUACAAAUUGUUUUGUUCUUUUCGAUAAUUAUUUUUUUCGAAACAUGUAAUUAAUAUGGAGUAGCUAAUUGGUAAGCUAUUCAAAAAUUUUAGUGCCAUAUGGCUGUGUUGCUUGUUAAAGUCUAUGUGUAUACGCUGUGGUAAAAGCUAUCAGUCGUAGUUUUUUCCUGCAUUCUAAGAACUAAUGGCUGCAUAAAAAAUAUUUAUUGGUUUUAAUCUACCAAACAAAAUUUUAAUCCUGUUAAUUUUUAAAAACUUAUCCUCGAAAUCCCCUGUCCAAUUCAAUGUCUCAAGUUCUGUGAAACUUAUUUCUUUUUUUUUUAAACCCCCCUCCCCUCCAAAUGUAGUGAAUUUAAAGUUAUGAAACGUAUUUGACAUUCUAAAUGUAGCAUAGCAUCAAUUUUUUUUUUUUUUUGAUAAUUGCAUGAAAAAUAUGCUGCAUUAAUUAAUUUUGUAGUCUUUUGUAAUUUCAUAUAAUUUGACUGAAAAGUUUUUAUCUUGAAAACGUUUGAAAUUCGCAGUUUGCUCAGGGCCUGAUUAAGCCAAAGUGACGCCCAGGUCCUGGUAAAAUGUAAUGCCCCUCUCACUCCACCGCCACAUGCAGGUGGGGGAAUCAGAUAGUAAUUUAAUCUCUCCGUCCUUAAAUUUGACGCUUGUCUUAAAAUUUUGGCAGACUUUAAGACCUCAUGUCCCGAUAACGUGGCACGUGGGCAAGUGAUUUUUGGGUCAAAAAAGAGUCUCUAUAUGCUUUUUCAAACGCCAUUUAGUUCGACUUUUUUUCAUUAUCACACUAUUAAUAUAGUUCCCUGGUCAGUUUUGAACAGAAAAAAAAAAACCUAUAGGAUUUUUAGGUUUAAGUUAAUUUAAGAACAAGCUAUAUCGUGGUUUAAGAACGCACGCUGAUAAAUUAUAAUAUGUGCAAUUUAUUGCGUCAAUCACUGUGAGUUUUGUCAUUAAUACUGGGUUCAUUAACUACUUGCUGUAUCAUGUUGUAAAACGUCCGUCAAAAGUGUUUGUCGUUUGUAGAGUUUAUUUUUUAAAAUUCUAUCAAGGAAGAUUUUAUGUGACUUGUGAAAAAGCCUUUUAGCCAAGUAUCAUUUUUUUUCUUCUCUUAUAUAUAUAUUUUUUAGAAAAAAGAAUCUUGCCAUUUUGUUUUUUACUCUUUUAGACUCCAUAUAUUUCAUAUAAAAUGAUUGAUUAUUGCAAAAAGAUAAUCAGUUAAUUGAUAUCAGUUUUAGUUUUAAUGUACAUUUAGUACGUUAAUUAAAAAUGAUAUUAAAAUCGCAUUUUAAUCACUGAAAUUUGAGAAUUAAAAUUUUCAAUAUUUACUCAGCAUAAUUCAUCAACAAAAACUAAUCAUUUUUUUAUGGCAAAGAAGUUGUUUAGUGAUCACUGCAAUCUUUAGGGGGAAAAAAAAACAUAAUUUCAAGAUCUGUGAUUUCUUAACUUAAAAACAAUUUUCUUAAGAAUUUUUUAAAAUAAAAUAUUGGAAAUUAAUCAACGGGACAUUCAUUUCAAAUUGAAGCUCAGACACACACAUCGCAUUAAUGUGCAGUAAAAUUAUUUAACACUUCAGGUAUUGUUUUUGCUGUAAUAUUUGAACAGCAUUUAAAUACCUGAAUACAGAAAUUAAGAUUUUAAAUUUAAAAUAUGAAACCGCCUGCUUAAUGUGGACAAAAAUUAGGAACAUUUUAAGCUGUCUAAGAACUGCUGUUUUUUAAAACAAAGUAUACUUUCUAUUGUACAAAGUGUCUAAAAAAUCUUUUUUUUUU